AUGAAGUUGCUUUUCCAUUUUAGAAUAUUGAAGGCAUUGAGAUUCAUAAUCUUUGCUAUAGUUUUGCACAUUGCGAAUUCUUCCGAUUUCGAUGAGCUCUUCGAGGCUGAUUGGGCACCCGAUCACAUAGUUGCCUCUCAGACCGACCAAAUCGCGUUAUCUCUCGAUUCUUCCACGGGAUGCGGAUUCGAAUCCAAGAAAAAGUACUUAUUCGGCAAAGCCAGUGCUCAAAUAAAAUUAGUUCAAGGAGAUUCAGCUGGAACCGUCCUUGCUUUUUACAUGGCAUCGGAAGGGCCUAAUCACGACGAGUUAGACUUUGAGUUUCUUGGCAAUGUUUCGGGAGAGCCGUACAUUGUGCAGUCAAACUUGUACAUUAACGGCACCGGAAAUCGGGAGCAGAGGCAUUAUCUUUGGUUUGAUCCGACCGUUGAUUUCCAUACAUACUCCUUCUUCUGGAAUCGUCGAUCCAUCUUGUAA